AAAUUCAUUUACAUAUCUUUACCUGCUUUAUCUUCCCGUGAGAUCCAUCUAUCCUAAUAAUGAAACCCAAACAAACCCUAAUUCCCCAAAACUGAUUUCCCCUCUCUUAAUUUAAUUUCUAGGGUUUCAAAUUUCACCUUCAAUUACACAAUUGAUUGAGAUAGUUGUUCGAUUCGAAACCCUUGUUUGUCGAAAUGACGACACGGGGCAGCAGAUCCGAGAAGGUUCGGACAAUAUUCGAGCAAUUCGAUGUUAACGUUGACGGCGGUCUGAACCGUGAAGAAAUGGCGGCGCUGGUGGUGGCCGUGAAUCCUAGGGUUAAGUUUAGCGAUGAGCAAAUCAAUGCGAUUCUCGAUGAGGUGUUCAAGACGUAUAGUGAGUUUAUUGAUGGUGAUAAGGGGCUUACGCAUGAGGGAUUGUUGAGGACUUAUGAUGAUGGUGCUGGUGACGUGGACCGUGAUUUCGAUGCGUUGGGAUUGGAGCUCAAGGCGGAGAGAGUGGAGGAGGCCUCCACUUCGUUGGUGGAUGAGACUAGGAGUGUGGUUGAUCCGAAUAAGAAGCUAAGGACCGCUGCGUGGGCGACAUCGCCUAAUCACGGGAUAGUGUAUGAUGAUACGUGGAAGAUUGUUGAUGAACUGGAGGUUAUGAUUAAGAAGUUGAAGGCGAAGGGGGUUAAGGAGGGUAAGGGGAAGGGGACGGGAGGGGGGAAGGAUGGGGAGGGGAAUUUUGAUACGUAUUCAGAUGCUGGGUGGUCGAGGGAGUUAGGGGCGUCAAGUGAGAUAAGUGAUAAGAGGGUUGUGUGGGAGGAGAAUUCGAGUGCGUAUAAUGCGUUUGUUAAGGAAUUGGGGGUUUUGAGAGGGAGGGCAGAUGGGGCGAGGUCGAGGUCGGAGGCGUUUGAUGGGCAUAUGGCGAUUGGGAGGGUUUUGUAUGAGCAUCAGUUGUUUAAGGAGGGGUUUGUGAGUUUUAAGAGGGCGUGUGAGUUGCAGCCUGCGGAUGUGAGGGCGCAUUUUAGGGCGGGGAAUUGUUUGUAUGUUCUUGGGAAGGAGAGGGAGUCCAAGGAGGAGUUUUUGCUUGCUUUGGAUGCUGCUGAGGCUAGUGGGAAUGAAUGGAGUUAUUUGCUUCCGCAGAUUCAUGUUAAUUUGGGGAUUGCUCUUGAAGGUGAAGGUAUGGUUAUUAGUGCUUGUGAACAUUAUAGGGAGGCUGCAAUUUUGUGUCCGACUCAUUUCAGGGCUCUGAAGCUUUUGGGUAGUGCUCUAUUUGGGGUAGGCGAGUAUAAAGCAGCUGUUAAGGCUUUGGAAGAGGCUAUUUAUAUGAAACAUGAUUACGCAGAUGCGCAUUGUGACUUGGCUUCGGCAUUACAUGCUCUAGGUGAUGACGAUAAUGCAAUUAAGGAGUUUCAGAAAGCUAUUGAUCUCAAGCCUGGUCAUGUGGAUGCUUUGUAUAAUUUGGGUGGACUGUAUAUGGAUAUGGGUCGGUAUCAGAGAGCUUCGGAGAUGUAUACCAGGGUUUUGGGUGUGUGGCCAAAUCACUGGAGAGCGCAGCUCAAUAAGGCAGUCUCGUUGUUAGGAGCUGGUGAAACAGAAGAUGCCAAGAAAGCUCUGAAGGAAGCUUUAAAGAUGACAAACAGGGUGGAGUUGCAUGAUGCAAUAGCGCACUUGAAGCAGCUACAAAAGAAGAAGUUGAAGGGGAAUGGGUCUGGCAACGGGGAGGAGAGCUUUGUUGUUGUAGAGGCCUCAAAGUUCAAGUUGGUUGGUGAAAAGACGACAUCUAGGCCUGAAUUAGCUAAUGCUAUUGAUGUAAGAGCUUUUCAGAGGAUCACCAGGUUGAGCCGCUGUGAUGUUGAUCUGCUUAAGAAGGAAAUGAAUGAAGGCAAUGCACCAGUGUCUUACUCUGGCGGUGGUAUUCCAGAGAAGUCCAUUCGCAAGGCUUCUUUGGAAGGAAUUCUUCAUAGGUUACUUGGUUUCCUGAAGCCCGAAACCUUUGUUGGAGCGGUCAAAAUGAUCAACCAAAAAAUCCUAUCUGUUUUGGAUGAAACAGAAUCAGGAAGGGUGGAUUUGGGCAUGUUUUUCGCUAUUAUUGCCCCUAUCUGCAGUGGUCUGCCAGAAAGGAGAAAACGAGUUGCAUUCGAUGCCCUUGCAUGGCGUUCUGUUAAUGAAGAUGCAACACAGAUAAGGAAAGUUGAUGCUUUAAGGUACAUUAAGGUGUUAAGAUCAAUCUAUAUCCCUUCUUAUGGGAUUAGUGAAAUGUUGGAAAUACAUGGAGACACGGAUGUUUCAUUGAUUUCUUUGACAGAGUUUCUUGUAAUGUUUGACGAUCCUGAUUGGGGUUUUGGUAUUAUGUCUACUCUACUGAAACUUGAGAGUGGAGACAGAAAUCGUCAUGGCAGACACUCUUGUUGCAUUUGUCGUUACCCUAUUAUUGGUUCUCGUUUCAAGGAAAUGAAGUCUCAUUUCAGUCUGUGUAGUCAGUGUUACAGUGAAGGUAAAGUGCCUCCAAACUCUAAGCAGGAAGAAUACAGAUUCAAAGAGUACGCAAGCGAAUCUGAUGCAAUGAAAGAUAAAUGCAUGUGGUUUAGAGUACACUCUAAAAAUUCAUCUCCUGUUGAACCCCCUAGAUAGUGAGUGUGUUCAAUUUCCUUUUCGGAACUACCUGUAACAUUUCAAGUACAAAUUUAGUUCAGUGUGAUGAAUAUAUGUUCCAUGUAUGUGUUUAGUGGCUUGUUCUUUUGUAUGAUAAGUCUUUUCAAAUU